UGUGUGAAUAAAAAAAUGGAAAAUGUUGCAAAAAUUAAAAUUGUCAACAGUUGUGACACCUGCGGCAAGUGCUUCUCCAAACCAGCACUACUGCGUCGCCAUCUGGUUGUGCACAGCACAGAGAAAGCAUUUCCAUGCGACAUCUGCUCCAGUCGGUUCUCACAGAAAAGUUCACUGCAGCGUCACAUACGCAAUAAACACGAUGCCGCAAAGGGAAGCGAUGAUUCCGAGGUGGCGCAACUUGCACUGGCUGCUUUAAAACUGCUGCAAACCAGUCACCCAACAGACAAUAUAACUAUAAGCCAAGAUAUACCAGGCGUUCCGCAGGAGCAAGCAGAUAUUCAAGCUACACUUGAGGAGAAAACAGCUUGCGAUGUAGUACAGCUCAGAGAUAGGCUCAACCCAAAUGGUGUUGUGCACAUGCUGACCACGCAGCGCAUACUGCGACAGAAGCCGAGCAGGUGCUACUAUGUAUGUGAAUAUUGUGCCAAGGAGUUUAGUAAAAGCUACGAGCUCAUAAGGCAUCGUCGUUCGCACACCAAAGAGACGCCCUACCAAUGCAGCCGCUGUCUCAAGCGUUUUGCCACCCAGACCAAGCUAAAUGAGCAUUACAAACGCUUGCAUGCUACACUGAAAAAGCACGCCUGCAGCGAGUGCACCAGCAGCUACGGCUCCAAAAAUCGGUUGCACAAACACCUGGCUCAAGCACACCCGGAUUUGGUUUACAGUUGCGGUCAGUGUAAACGCACCUUUCAAUCGAAAUCUGCCCGUGAUGCACACGAGAAACAUGAAGCCGAUGCACAGGUGGCAAAACUCGAACAACUGGUGCCGCAGCCAGUUAUGUCACAGCGUAGCUACAAGUGCGUUUACUGUGAAAAGGAAUUCAAACGCAAGUUCAAUUGUCGCACCCACAUGCUGAUACAUUUGAGGCGUUUACUGGACACGAAGCAACUGAAACAUAGUUGUCUGCAAUGUGGCAAAAACUUUAAGAAACCCAACGAUUUGGCGCGUCAUCUGCUAACACACUCCAAGCUCAAGUUACACGUAUGUCAAGUGUGCCAAAAGCACUUUACCCUAAGUUCCACUUUGGCCAGGCAUCUAGAGACGCACCAGCCUCAGCGUGCCACAGUCAAUUGCCAGGUGUGCGGCAAGUGCUAUGCCUCCAGAACGUCGCUGCAGUUGCAUCUGCGUUUGCACACCGGCGAACGACCCUUUAAAUGUGAAAUUUGCAGUGAAACGUUUCGAACCUCGGGCCACAGACUUGACCAUAUGCUCGCCGAGCGGCACAAGAAUGCCUCCGCCAAUGCACUUAUCUUAUGAUCUUCAGUAAUAUAAGUCUAUAUUUCAUAAAUAUCAAUUACUAUUACAUCUACGUCCCCACAUUUUAUUGGUUAAACCCAGGCGAAGCUCCAUAGUAAAACUGUUUGUCAAAUUGCUGACUUUUGGACAGAUCGCUUAGCUUCUGUCGCUUAUCCGCCAGUAUGAAGUCAUCCUCUUCAAUCAUUUCAGAAUCGCCACGCUUGCGACGCAUAGUCUCUGCUAUUACACAAUCCGUUGUCUCCUCCAGCUCAUGCACCUUAUAGACUAGAUAUAUUGGCUCUAUAAAUUUGUUUGAACUGCAAAGAUUAAUCAGAAUUAAAGCCGAGCCUACAUGGUAACUGAUUUUCAAGACAUACAGUGGUAGGAUGUAUGGAUCAAAAGGGAAGAAAGUUUCGAGUGUUUCCUCCGGCAUCAGCUUGUCAUGGCCAUAGAUAGUGGCCAGCUUGCGACGUGCAUUACGCUCCAGCACAGUGUGACAAUACGCCAAUUGGUGGGUACGUGUGACGCCCGCAAAUGCCGUGGCCACCGGUGGAAGGCAAUAGCGUAACGGAUUAAAAUGGCACAUGGCCAGCCGUGACAGCUGCAGAGUAUUCAGCAAAGCCAAAUCUAGAAGGCAAGAUAAAUAAAGAUAAGUUAAAUCGCAAGAAGCGCUUGCUUUUACAAUUGCAUACUCUUUUGAUUGAUUGUCAAAUCACGCGCCCGAAACGAGAUUAAAUAAAAGAUGGCCUGGCAAACAGAGAAGAAAACCAUAUUCGCUUUGAGCGAACAGUUUUUGCUGCUAAACUCAUCGGAGUCAUUUAUGUAGUUGUUUGCCCAGUUGCUUAACUCCUUAAGAUAGUAGGUGAUUGUGCUGAAAUCAAUUUAAAAUUUGAAUUUGGUUGUUCUCACAACUAAAUAUUAAGCAUACUUACCCAAGGGGCACAAAUUUGGCACGUGCCAAAAAACUGGCUAUGUAGCUAACAGCUGCGUGGCGAAUGAUCGAGGAAACAUUGGGAUUCUGCACCUUAUGCCACAGAGCGCUGAGAAAGAUCUCUGUAUAUGCUGGUCGAAUGCUGCACGCAUAAAAGAUGACGAACUGAACGUGGUGAGUGUUAUGGCUGGGCAGCAACA